UCCAAAGCAGCUGCCACACUCCCCAAAUAUUUAGUGUCUCUGGGUGUGGCUGCGAAAGGCAGAAAUACUGGAAAAAAGACAAAAAUGAGGGGAGAAAGAGGGGAGUUGGAGAAGGGGAUAGAGGAGAAGACGAAAGCGUUGGAAAGAGAGUGAAGAGACCCAGAGAUCAAAAUGCCUGAAUUCAGUAAGGUGCACCUGUGCUUCCUACUCGUGACCAUCUCAGGCAUUGGGCCUGCCCUGGGGGAUGUGAUUGGUCGGAGGGACACCGAUGAUUCUGUCACCCCUGCAGCAGAAGCUUCACCUGCCCCAGAACAAGCAUCAGAUUGUAAAGAGGUCCAGUACCCCUGCACCCGGGUAUAUUCUGUACAGAAGCCAGUCAAGCAGUGUAUCAGUUAUCUGUGUGUCACCAGUGUUCGACGGGUUUAUAUUCUCAACAAGGAGAUUUGCACAAAAAUCAUGUGUAAGGAGGAUGAACUGAUGCAGGAAGACAAGUGCCGACAGCUGGCUGGACUACCUCCCCGACGCCUUCCUCAGCCUCCUGAUGCUCCUGUUGAAGUUUCAGAAGAAAAAACAACUCCUCAACCAUAGGGGAAAUCGUUACAGGGAAACCCCGAGAUAUUGUUUAUCCUAACCCCCAAAUAUUGCACCAGAACCUUCUGAAAUCUGCACCCCCAGAAUACUGUAUCCAGGUCCAUACUGAAGUCCUCAAAUAUUGUACUUUCCUACUCAUACCCAUUUUAUAUCCUCUACUACAGGACUUCCCCAGCUCUUUUCAUAUGGCCCAGUCUAAGAACAUUUAUGGGCCAAGCCUCUUUGAGAUAGUAAAGGUGCUACAUCAACAAAGUGUGGUGGGACUUUGGUGGUAGAGUUGAUUAUCUUGAAGAAGCUCCAUGACACUGUAUAACAAGCAUUUAUAUCUGUGUAUUUAAGUAAACAGAUGUCACUUUAAGUACCAUAUAAACCCAUUUUUGUACUCCCA